AGCGCUUUCAGCCCUCAGGCCGCGAGGCCCCUUAGUGCCCAGGGCGCCGUGGCCGAGGGAAGCGCGUGCGCGCGCGCGCUCGAUCGGGCUGCUGGGAAGUAGCGCCCACGAUGGACCCGCCAUCCGCCGCUUCCGCGCGCCGGGGGCAGAGCGACGGGGGUCCGAGGCGGCAGCGGCGGCGGCGUGCGUGCGCCCGCGCCCUCGCGUUCGCUCUCGGCGCCCCCGCGUGCGCGGGCCGCGCCCGCCGCGCGCCGGCGGCAGUGCCCACCGCCGCUGCGCGGGGCCCGCCGCCGGGGGGCGCCGGCUGCGGCGCGGCGCUCGCGGCGCACCGCGCGGCGGCCGCCGCCGCGGGCUGCGGCGCGGAGCAGCCGCGCCUCGGGCCGGCCGCGGCGGCGAGGGCGGCGGCCGCGGCGGCGGGCGGAGGGCGCCGCUGGCUGGUGGCCGCCGCGGCCGCGGCGGCGUGCUGGCGGCUGCGGGCGCGCCCUGCGCGAGGGGCGAAGCCCGCGUGCGGCAGCGUCGACGAGUGUCGGGAGCUCGGCGACAGGCGCUUCGAGGAGGCGGAGAGGCGGAAGGGCGCCAUGUCGCUCGGCGCGGGCGUGCGCUACAGGGAGACAGCCGCCGGCGCGGGCCCCGCGGUGAGCAGCGGCGACGUGGUGGAGGUGACCUACGAGGUUCGGACGACGGACGGGGAUCGCAGUCACAGCUUGGGGCGCGGCCGCCCGGACAGGCCGGGGGACGACUUCGGGGAGACCUACCGGGUCCGCCUGGGCCAGCAGGACGUGCCCGUCGCCGUGGAGAGGGCCAUGGAGGGCAUGAGGAAGGGCGGCGCACGGACCGUGGAGAUGCCGCCGCAGCUCGGCUUCGAGACCUCUGGCUGGAAGCCUGAGCCCGUCAAUUUUUCUGGCAGGCAGCGGAUGGAGCGCUACCGCAAGCUGCUGACGGGGAACGGGCUGCAGAAGGGCUACAACGCCGCACUCCUCUUCGAGGUGGAGGUCGUGAAGGUGCGGCCUCAGGGCUCGGCUGCCGGCUGA